CGUCACAACGCUGUUCCAUCAAUAUCGACUUGAGAAAGGCGAAUUUUUUUAAAAAGCAAACCGAAACGACGACUGAUAAUUUAACAAAAACAAUUUCCGACAGAGAAGUAUUAAUAUAUAAUUUACGGACGUUAUAAGGACACGUGCGAAUUUAUAAAAUUCGAUAAAUCGGGGGUGUAUAGCGAUGUUACUAGAACGCACCAAUCAGGGUUUUGAUUCGUCGUCCAUUGGCAAAAGAUUUCCAUAGCCAAUCAAGAAAGGAAGGACCAUCCAAUUUUUUUAACUGCAUGUUACACAAAGAGCCAUGGAUAUUGACCAGUAUCAAGUGGCAACAUCCGGUGGUACACUUCAGCCUCAAAACUCAGUUUCUGUCACAGGAAAUGGAAAUAACGGCGAUCAGAUGACUGUCAUGCAUACAUUACAGCCGGCAGCUAUGCAGCUGCCGGGUCAACAUGUCUCACAGCAGCCGCAGGUCAUACAGGUACCACAAAGUGCAGGUCAAGCUCAAUUAGUGCCUGGACAACAGAUCAUGGUACAAGCUCUUCCUCAAGGUCACACAAUACAGUUACAAGGACAGUCGGGUCCACAGAUUCAACAGAUACAAGUAAUACCUAUAGGGCAGCUUCAAGGUCAACAAGGUCAGCCACAACAGUUUAUUAUUCAACAGCCUCAACAAAGUCAAAUAUUCCAAACUUCAGAUGGACAGACUUUAGUUUGUCAACCUAUUUCAAUUGAUGGCACAAAUUUCGUUCAAGCUCAGAAUGGUAUAAUUCAAAUUCCGACCACGCCUAUCACAACCGGAAAUCCUUCUGCUGCACCACAAAUGGUACAGUCGACCGCAACAAGUCCAAGUCCACAGUCGAUAACAAUUCCUUCUUCUGUGGGUGUUCAGGGAGGAAAUAUUGUUAUGCAGGUGAUGCCAGGCAACGGCAAUGGAACUGGACUUCAGACAAUGCCAAGAUUACCGAUACCUGCGGGAGCCGAACUGAUGGAAGAAGAACCUUUAUAUGUAAAUGCCAAACAGUAUCAUCGAAUUUUAAAAAGACGACAGGCAAGGGCCAAACUGGAAGCCAACGGAAGGAUUCCCAAAGAAAGAAAAAAAUAUCUUCACGAAUCUCGACAUAAGCAUGCCAUGAAUAGAAUACGAGGAGAAGGUGGAAGAUUCCAUUCUGGUUCAUUAAAAAAUGAUGAAUAUAAUUUAAUGAAUGGAUGUAGGACAAUGGAUUCUCAAACUAAUACAGACUCAGAGAUUUUAGGUACAAAUGGCAUUGAUCUCGAGAUGCAAUACUUUGCAGAAACCACACAAGAUAUUGAUGAGAAUUCAUCAGUGAAUGGCUGAUCAGUAUUCACCAGAGUUUAAUAAUUCUUGCAAACUGAUCUCAUUCCUACUAGUGGAUCUGGAAACAAACCAAUUAGGUGCCUACAUUCUCAUAUUGGCACUAUGUGCCAAUGUCCAGAAACAGACUCUCAUCAUUCCUUACAUGGUUUUAAAAAAUCAUCACAUUGAUUUUGUACAAUUGCAGAUUCACUUAACUAAAAAAAAAUGAAAAUUCAGAGUCAUCUUGUAUUUUUAAUACAUUUUCAUAAAUAUUUGUGAUAUUGUGAUGUAAAUCAUGUCAUAGUUUAGUAUGUCUUAGAAUGCCUUGUCGACUGUGAAAUUCCAAAGGAAAAACAUGUCUUUGUCUCGUAGUAGUUUUUCAUUUGUUAAUUAACUCAUUUUAAAUCCAAUUAUAUUGGAAAAAACUUAAAAUUCAUUUAUAUUUUCGUAUGUUCAUUUUGUGUACGUAACUCCUUUUUUACAAAGUUUAUAAUACAGUACGGGAUUCGUGUACAGUUAUGAAUUGCUGUUGUAUCACAAUACACAUUAAAUACAACUGAUUAUUUAAUAUGCUGACUAUUGUAUUCU